AUGUCGCACGAUCAUAUUAUGGAGCAUCUAAAUGCUUCGGGUCAUUUACAUGAUCAUAUGAAUCACGGAUCGGCUGAUCAUAGCAUGGACCACGGUUCCAUGAAUCACGGAGGUCAUUCAGAAAUGGACCAUAUGGCUCAAGUUGUUGCCAGUGAUCCAGACUCGAUGUCUCACCAUAGCAUGCAUGGCAUGCACGAUAUGCCUGGAAUGAUGAUGGCUUUCCACUUCGGAUAUGAUGAAACAAUUCUCUUCGAGUGUUGGAAAAUUUCAACGCUUGGAGGCUUAAUUGGCUCGAUGAUAGGUAUUAUUAUAAUGGCCGCACUUUACGAAGGACUAAAGUACUACAGAGAAUAUUUGUUUUGGAAAACAUACAAUACGCUGCAAUACAGAAGCGUUACGUCGCCACAGGAAAAAAACGUAACUGCAGAAGACGGUCGCGUUGUACAGCCGACAAUGCUGUCAUGGAUGCACACUUUCCAAACAUUUUUACACAUCAUACAAAUAAUUUUGUCGUACUUUCUCAUGCUGAUAUUUAUGACGUACAACGUGUGGCUUUGCAUCGCAGUAGUAUUCGGUGCGGCAAUCGGAUACUUUUUAUUCGGCUGGAAAAAAUCUGUAAUAGUAGACGUUACGGAACACUGUCAUUAA